CAAAGUGCUUUCCUCAUCAGUCUGAGCCGCGGACGAGUUCCUGCUGCUCUCCACCAGACGCUGCCAUCGCCGUCGGAUCGUUCUUCAGCUGCUCACUCAGUGUGAGGCGUUACCAGCCUGGCCGCGCGACUCUUGCAGCUCCUCGGCUCAGAAGCGCGCGGGGCUCGGAGGCAGAUCCUCGGCAGAACACGCCCUGAUAGAAAAAGGUAGCCCCACGCGGAGCGAGACCCAGACGGACGCGAUUGUUGAGCCGGAUCACAAAGCGGAGCGGCCGGGAUCAGCCGCUCCAAUAAUGCCCCCUCCGCAGGCUCCCACAACCGGACUCCCACCGAAUCAGACCGGGACGGGCUCGCUGCCGCUCACCGUGGACUCACUGUGGACCGACGGCUCGGAACACCUGGAGACCCUGAAGGAGUUUUCUGCUGCGGCAGAGGAUUAAAUCCCACCAUGAGCAGGAAGACCCGGCGCUGGAUUUUCCAUUUUUUCCUCUGCCUCGGAGUAGUUUACCUGAAAAUCGGGGGGCUGUCGUCGGUUGUCGCGCUGGGAGCCAGCAUCAUCUGCAACAAGAUCCCGGGCUUGGCCCCCCGGCAGCGGACGAUCUGUCAGAGCCGACCCGACGCCAUCAUCGUGGUGGGAGAGGGAGUCCAGGCGGGCAUCAACGAGUGCCAGUUCCAGUUCAGGCACGGCCGCUGGAACUGCUCGGCCCUGGGGGAGACGACCGUGUUUGGGAAGGAGCUCAAAGUGGGCAGUAAGGAGGCCGCAUUCACCUACGCCAUCAUAGCGGCCGGCGUGGCCCACGCGGUCACCGCGGCCUGCACCCAGGGCACUCUGAGCGGCUGCAGCUGCGACAAGGAGAAGCAGGGUUUCUACAACCAGGAGGAGGGCUGGAAGUGGGGUGGCUGCUCAGCGGACGUCCACUACGGCCUGGGGUUCUCCAAAGUGUUCGUGGACGCACGCGAGAUCAAGCAGAACGCCAGGACGCUCAUGAAUCUGCACAACAACGAAGUGGGCCGAAAGGUCCUCGAGAAGGGGAUUCGCCUGGAGUGCAAGUGCCACGGCGUUUCCGGAUCCUGCACUACCAAGACGUGCUGGAUGACGCUGCCUAAGUUCAGGCAGCUGGGAUACAUCCUGAAAGACAAGUACAACCAAGCGGUGCAUGUGGAGCCCGUCCGCGCCAGCCGCAACAAGCGCCCCACCUUCCUCAAGGUCAAGAAACCCCACUCCUACCACAAGCCGAAAGACACGGAGCUGGUCUACAUCGAAAGGUCGCCCAACUACUGCGAGGCCGACCAGCUCACCGGCAGCAUGGGAACACAGGGGCGCCUGUGCAAUAAAACGGCUCUGCAGCCCAACAGCUGUGACCUGAUGUGCUGUGGCCGUGGAUACAACACUCACCAGUACUCUCACGUUUGGCAGUGCAACUGCAAGUUCCUGUGGUGCUGCUACGUCAAGUGCAACACCUGCAGCGAGAGGACAGAGGUGUACACCUGUAAAUAGGAAUAUUUAUUAGGGCACACACCUGGACUGUGCUGUGUGCGAAUGUGUGUGUGGGUGUGUGGUUGGGUAUGUGUGGCUUUUCUUUACAAAAUCACAUUACAACAAUUUUAACUGGCCUGUUCUGCUCCUGUUGAUUAUGAUGACGCCAAUAGUCGUUGGAUUCAGCUCGUAGGUCCAUAAUUGUUCCAUUAAUCUUUCAGGUGCAGAGCUUUUUCAUAUUGCAGACUACUUUUGGGUUUUUUUGGCAGUCCGUACAUAUCCACAGAUGCAGUGGGACGAAUGUCAAACGUUAUUUGCUUUUCAUUUUGUAGAAUAGUAAUUUAUUGACUUGGAAAACUACUGAUCACAUUGAAAACACUGCAAAAACACACAAAUCCUACCAGGUAAUUUUUGUCCAAUUUAUUCUGCAAUUAUCUUAGUAUACUUGAAAUAAGACAAAACUAACUUUCAAGUAAUUUUUCAGCAACAUAUAGGAGCUUGAUUUGAGUCAAUGAUUUCUUAAAAUUUAUUUUU